CAGCACAGAAAGGGCAAGGCCGGGCAGGCCAUGGGGCACUGGGCGCUGCUGCCUGGCUGGGUUUCCGCUACGCUGUUGCUGGCGCUGGCCGCUCUGCCUGCAGCCCUGGCCGCCAACAGCAGUGGCCGAUGGUGGGGCAUCGUGAACGUAGCCUCCUCCACGAACCUGCUGACCGACUCCAAGAGUCUGCAGCUGGUACUCGAGCCCAGUCUGCAGCUGCUGAGCCGCAAACAGCGGCGGCUGAUCCGCCAGAACCCGGGGAUCCUGCACAGCGUGAGCGGGGGGCUGCAGAGCGCUGUGCGAGAGUGCAAGUGGCAGUUCCGGAACCGCCGCUGGAACUGUCCCACAGCUUCGGGGCCCCACCUCUUCGGCAAGAUCGUCAACCGAGGCUGUCGGGAAACAGCAUUUAUCUUCGCCAUCACCUCGGCCGGGGUCACCCAUUCGGUGGCGCGCUCCUGCUCGGAGGGCUCCAUCGAGUCCUGCACGUGCGACUACCGGCGGCGCGGUCCUGGGGGCCCCGAUUGGCACUGGGGGGGCUGCAGCGACAACAUCGACUUCGGCCGCCUCUUUGGCCGGGAGUUUGUGGACUCCGGGGAGAAGGGGCGGGACCUGCGCUUCCUCAUGAACCUUCACAACAACGAGGCGGGCCGCACGACCGUGUUCUCCGAGAUGCGCCAGGAGUGCAAGUGCCACGGGAUGUCCGGCUCGUGCACGGUGCGCACGUGCUGGAUGCGGCUGCCCACGCUGCGCGCCGUGGGCGACGUGCUGCGGGACCGCUUCGACGGCGCCUCGCGCGUCCUGUACGGCAAUCGCGGCAACAACCGUGCCUCGCGGGCGGAACUGCUGCGCCUCGAGCCCGAGGACCCCGCUCACAAGCCUCCCUCCCCCCACGAUCUCGUCUACUUCGAGAAAUCGCCCAACUUC